AUGUCGACAGCCGACCUAGGGACUGCGCACGCUGGUCCCUCGACAUUGUCCCUUCGACUCCCUUCCCCAGCCCCAUCAGACCGGAAGAGCGUCUCGACGGAAACGAACACGGGCGCCAUCUACUCCGCUGAUGAAACGAACGACUCGGCGGGCAACAGCUACGACACGGACAACUACGACGCAGAAAACUACGACGUUGAGCGGGUUACACCCAACUUGGAGGACCGUGCGCCAUGGGCUAACUCCAUUGGUCGGGUGAAGCGCAGUCUCCUCUCCCGCCCACGUAUCUGGCGCGCAGUCAACGCCAUGAACUGGAUCCUUGGGCCUACUGAGUAUCGCGAACCCCCACCGCCCACUGCGCUAGCGUUAACAUGCGCUUGUACGGGGGGGAGGAAACGUGUCGUGGCCCCGCUCGACCCGAUUGCAGUGCGGGCGUCGAAACGCGGCAAGCUGAGACACUUCUAUCUCCUCUAUCUUGUGGUCUGGGCAGCGGGCUUUAUUCUCCUCAUCCGCGCAGCUUAUUACCAGCCUGGCAGUCCAGAGGUUGUGUCAUGUACGUCUGGGCUGUGGGAUGACUGGCCGCCCGAUACGUGUGGGCUCGACAUGACUGAGUGCGCGGCGAUGCUCGAGGAGGGCACGUACCGCUGUCCGGGGGGAUGUCAGCGUGUGAAGCUGGGUAACCCGCGUUGGGUGGGCGGCGAGGAGGUGAACAAGAAGCCUCUGGUCAUUGGAGGUAACGGAGUGUACCGUGCCGACUCGUGGGUAUGCGCGGCCGGACUACACGCCGGCAUCAUCAGCCAUACCUAUGGCGGAUGUCUGCGGGUCAUGCCCAUGUCGUUCCCAAAAGGAAGUUCGAACUUUACGAGCUCUCGCGCGAACGGCCUCACGUCCGAAUCGUUCGCGCCCCACUUCCCCGGCGCGUAUACUCUCGAGCCAACCGGGUCAUGGAGCAGCUGCUUGGACUACCACUGGCCGAUUACGGCGUACAAUGUCGUCGCGCUGUUCGCUUUCACGACUUUCUUCGCGCCGCGCCCAGCCGUGCUCCUAACCACAAUCCUUGUGAUGGGGUACGCCCACGUUGUGCUGGUAAGCAACCCGCCAAACCGCCCGCCCCUCUGGAGCAGAGUGUUUGAGGGCGUUCCCACAGCCCUCCUUGCCGGCUUCUGGGCGUGGCACGUGUGCUUCCGUCGCACUCUGAAUGGGUUUUACGCUGCCCAAUUACCGGUCGAAGUCGCGCUGUGGCAGGGCGCAGGUCUCUGGAUCGGCUUGGAAAGCAGCACACUGUUCUCGCGCAUCCCCAUCUCGCGCCUCGGGUAUGGGAGUCUGGGCGUGGACGGCACAAUCGCCCUCAUCGUCGUUGUGGUCCUCGUGACGGCUGUCGUGCUCGUCCAAGCCCUGUCGUUUCGCCGACUAGGGUUGGUGCGGUACUACCUCGCCAGAUAUCUAUUCCUCGUCCCGAUUCUUAUCGUCCUCGCCAAUCUCGGCCACGAUUACUACCUCCGCCUGCACCACUACCUCCUAUCCCUGGCUGGCUUGCCCGUCAUGUCUCUCCCUAAUAGAAUUAGCCUGUUCGGCAGCGCCUUCUGCCUCGGUUUCUUCCUCGACGGCUCGGGGCGGUGGGGAUGGGCCAGCAUUGUCGAGGGCGGGUGGAGCCUCCUUGGUGACGCCGCGUCUGGGGCCGACAUGCCCGAAGUCUCCAGUGUUGUUGGACCCAACGGAUACAUUUCGUGGCCGGCUAUCAACGCCACGCUCGUUGCGCAGGGCAUCCUCAGCGUCGGAAUCCUCUUCGACGACGUCCUUAAAAGUUCCAACUUUACAGGCACCAACUUCUCCAUCGCGGAUGGCACAACGGACCGCUCGGUAGACCAUUAUUUCCGUAUGGCGUACAUCGCCAACGGAACGAGCCUCGACUACACUGACCCGUUGACUUGGUAUGCGUCAAACGAGUCGUGGUCGACGGUCAAACCUAGCGACUAA